GAUGAAAAGUUUGAUUGUGCAAGCAAGCUCAGUAAUCCAGCGGUCUGACUGGAACUGCUUUGCCUUGUGAGCAUUCUGUACAAAAACACCACCUGUGAAUAGAAGAUGGGCCAGAAAUUAUCACAGGACACUAAUCAAGAAAUUAAGGCUGACAUCCUGAUUUUAUGUGACGUAUUUAGCCAAGGAAUUGUUUUUGCAUCGCAGAAACUGAAAGAGUAUCUUGGGUUUGAGGAUCCACAGAGCAAGUUCCACCCAACCAUGGAUACUUUAAAUGAGAUUUUCCUGGUCAAUUUCAUCAGGUUCUGUGUGGAGAAGGGAGUGGAAGAGUCCAUCACAACCAGCAAGAUGACCAAGCAACAGUCCUUGCUUUUUGGUGUUGACUGGGUUUGGACCUUGGCUGGCGCAGACAAGCAGAUACAGCUUCAGAUCGCUGUGCAGACUUUACAGCUGACUGACCUCCAUAGUAGCAUUCCGUUGCCGGAGAUGAAUGGCAGCUUCGGAAACGCAAUGUUGGCUGAUGACGUUUUCCAAGACAAAAGCAAAUUUGAGAAACUGGAACAAUUCUGCGUGUCAGUGGGGCAGGAUUGCCUUGGCUUGUUCAUAAUGUUUGGGGUUCCUGGAAAGCCCAAAGAUAUCAGAGGGGUUGUUCUGGAAAGCCUCAAAAAGGAGAAACAGAAAAGCCUCCUGUCUAAUGAGAAUGCCCUCAGGCAAUUUGUUCUGACCACAGACAGUUUCCUCCCUACUAGAGACAUGCUGGAACACUGCCUCUCUAAGAAAAAUGGUCUGAGGGAGGUAGGUAAGGUUUACAUUAACUUUCUUUAACUCCUGAUGGCUGCUUAAUGAUGGAAGGAUCUCUCUUGCAAAUACCAGCACCCAACUCAGACCUUCCAGCCUGCUCAGAGAACCCCACCUUGCGUUUUAGACACUAUUAUUAACCACCAAGAUACCAGUUCAGCAAUCGUUCCAGACGGAUCACGGACACACACAAAUGGAAGUGUACUACUUUGCACUUUUAAUGCUUUGAUGAAGCUUUCUAGACAAAAGAAAUGCAGACAAAGCUUUGCCAGCGUGAAAGGCUUUAAAAACAAAAACGUACUUAUGUCAUGGAGAAAAAACAGCAACUACAAGUGCUGUUAUGGAAUUAACUGUGCUGUAAGUUUCAUUGCAAGCU